GUUUUCUUCCCUUUUCUCUCCAUCGGCUUACAAACAACCCAGUUUGGACGAUCUGGUUGGCACUGAACACAGAUCUGGACUAGAAAACUCGAGAUCUGUGCUCGGUGUGUGCAUGCAGCUGCUGUGAAAAAGACGGCGUGUCAGGCCUUCUGAAGUCUCGCCAGUAAGGGGAGAGCACUGUACUGAGGGCGGCGUCAUGGGCGAGAGGACGAGAGACUUCUUCCGGGGCCAAUCUCUUCUGCUUCUUGGCGUGACAGGCACUGUGGGACAGGUGCGGGAGUGAAGGCACGCGGCACGUACACGCACUGCAUCCAUCUAUCUGAGCAUUUGUCAGAUCUGUGAUGGUGCGUUGAUCUGUGUACAGGUGGUACUGGAGCAUCUGCUGCGGUGUGCGCCGCUUCAGCGGUUGUAUCUGCUGACCCGCUCCACCCCGAAGGCUUCCAGCACCCAGCGCAUCAUCGACUUGCUUCAGCAGCCCCUCUUCGCGGCCGUUCACAAAGUGCUGCGUGACGAGGAGGGCGAGGCACACAGCGACGAUAGCACGGCCAGUGAUGAUGAUGGUAGUGGUGACGGUGGCGGCUGUCGAUCUCCCCAAUCGUCGACGCAGUCCGACGAGGAGGUUCUGCUGAAUGGAUUUGGGAUUCACGUCAUCGAAGGAGACCUGCAAAAGGUGUGCAUACGACAUGCGACCUGGGCUGCCCCGUUGGCUGUCCGUGUGUGCAUCUCCGUGUGCGUGUUUGUCGUGUGUGUGUAUCGUCAGGAGUACCUGGGUCUGUCUGAGAGGGACCUUGAGACACUCAAGGCCAAUGUCACAGGUACGGUACCUUGACCGGAUUGAUCACAUCAGGAGCAUUGUGUCUGAUCCAUCCGUCCAUCAGUGGUGGUGAAUUGCGCAGCGAGCAUCAAUUUUGACGAUCCCUUCCCGCAGCUCUUCGACCAGAACGUCGUCGGAGCCCUGCGCGUGAUACAACUGGUCAGCUAUUGAUUGCUGUUCGUGCAUUUUACGUACCUGUGUGUCAAACAGGCCAUGUCGUGUGAGGGCGUCCGGUCGUCCGGAUGUUUUGUCCACGUGUCCACUGCAUACGCCAACUCAAACAGAAGGCAAGCAAACAGUUCCUGAAUGAGGCAAACACAGGCACACACCGCUGACGUUAUGUAUCGAUCAGCGGUGUGAUUGAGGAGAAGCUCUACGAGUCAGACAUCGAUCACGAGGUGGGCAGGCCACACAGCCAAGCCUGACGCGGACAUCCUGACUGACGCGCUAUCUGCCGGUGAGUUUGUCUGUCUGUUUGUCUGUGUGCAGCAUGAGUUCAGUGAGCUGGGCCGCACGACCGGCGAGGAGCAUGAACGGCUGGCAGAACAGCUCAGAGGUGGGCCGGGGCGGGGUGGAUGGGUUGGUUGGUGGCGUAACCAACAUUCCAUGGCAUCUCCAUCAUGUGUGUAGUGCGUUACGGUCACCCGAACCACUACACCUUCACCAAGUGCCUGUGUGAGCAUCUGAUCGACUCGCGGCGCGGCGACAUGCCUACCCUCAUCGUCCGCCCCUCCAUCAUCGGUUCCACAUACAAGACGCCAUUCAAAGGAUGGACGAACGCUCCCCAGGGUUUUGGUACAUUGGUCGCCUUCAGAGCGUUCGGCGCCUCCCUCCGGCUGCCCAGCGACGGCAUGGCCAUCGGUAGGCUAGUCUUGUGGUCUGCGCGUUCAUCCAUCCUCUGUUGUGCCUGCAUGCGUUUGUGUAGGUGAUGUGAUCCCGUCGGAUUACGUGUCAUCGGCGAUCAUCAAGGGCGCUGUGGCAACGGCAGGUGCAUACGUGCAGACUGCAUAGUAUUUGUGUCCUAUCCAUCCCUCCAUUGCAUGCAGGUCGUGUUGGUCAUUUGGAGGUGAUGCAUGUGUCGUCGUCGCAUACCAAUCCCAUCACAUGGUCAGCAGCCAGCCUCACGACACAGGUGCUUCCGUCCGUCCGCAUGCGUGUUGUGUAUGUCUCCCUGUGUGCAGGAAUGAGUUGGGCCGCCAUGCUGUGAAGGCCUUCACACAGCAAAACUCCCAAAGCAAAAUCCCAAAGAAAUACAUGAUCGGUACCCCUGCCCUCCCUCAACCAACAAAGAGAGGCAGGCAGUCUCUUUCGUCUUGCGCCCGCCAGGUCCGCGGUUUGUGGUCAAGUGGUGUUCAUCUUCGCGGAAAUACGCCGUCAUGCACGUACAGAAGACGAAACAUCACCCAUCGAGUCGAUGGCGCGUCAUUCUGCCUUACCAUGAUCAGGCGAUGGACGAUGCGGCCGUUGUAGCCGGCCAGUCAGUUGCGGCACGGCUGAGUGAUGUCUUGCCGUCACAAGGGAGACAACUGUCCAAGUUGGUCAAAUUUCUGCGGCGUCGACAGAAAGCGCUCAAGCUGCUGCACCCCUUCAUCUGCAACCAGUGGACUUUCAAAACCGACAAGGCACGCGACCACGGCACAGACAGACAGACACUGAUGGUUUGGAUCAAGCUUUCCUGAUGUACAGAUAAGUCAGCUUGCCCGCGAGGAUGAUGAGCCAGAUUUUCCCCUCGACGUGGAGAACAUCGACUGGUAUGUACUAGGCCGCAUACGCACCGACCCAUUGCGAUGUAUGGGUCUCUCUCUCUCUGUCUGUCAGGGAGCUUUGGUGCAAAGACUACCUGGAAGGUCUGUGCCGCUACUCCCUCAUCCCGACCCUGGAGCGCAUGAGCGCACGCGACAAAGACCCGCCCGCACCCAAGCAGCCACUCAAGCCCUCCACCUUCGACACCAUGUCACCGUCGAGAAUGAGCACUGCCAGCACGUCCCGUACACGUGUCGAUGGUGCGGGACUGAGGAGUCGAUGGAUAGUUUGUGGUCGGAUGUGAGCGACGACAUUCGGCCAGCCUCGACAGGGCGCAGAUGGAAGGAUGGGGUGUAGCUUCGAGGUCUCUGCGCCUUGCUUUAUGUUCGGCCAUCUCGGUACAUGUUGUCUGUGUGGCGGUGCGGUAUGGGUGUCUGUUGGAUCGUGAACGGGUGUAUUCCUGUGGUUGCGUGAGGGCGUCUGAGGCAAGAUGGCUCGCUUGCGCUGGCUUGAUGUGUGGACGCCUGUUUGUUUUCUGCAUGGGGAACCGCCAUAUUUCAAGUGUGCUGCGCCUCCGCCUGUCUGUCCGUCUGUCUGUCUGUCUGCCUGUCUGUCUGUCUGUCUGUCUUUCUGUCUGUCUGUCUGUUUGUCGUCUGUCUGUCUUCCCUCACCGUGCUGGUCGUAUGCUUACCACCUUAGUCACCGUGCUGGUGUAAGUAAAUCGGCGGCCCCUGACUGACUGACUGAUUGACUGACUGACUGGCUUCUCGUGUCGUAUGUGUUGGGCAUGCUGUGGUGGCCACAGGACAGCAGUUCGCCUCAAUCAUUUAGGCGGAGGCUAUGCCUGCGUACG